AUGGGAAACUGUGCUUGCCUCAAAGAUCAAUCCUCGACCGAAAAGCAGCUUCGAAUUAACAAAGAUGGGACUGUAGAGAUGGAAAAAUCCGAUCCUCAAAGCCGCUUAGCAUCCCAAGAAACAGUCGCUUUAAAAGAGCUAAAAAUCUCCUUAUGAGACAUAGUAAAGCUGCAAAGUGUCCUUAGAGGCUAUAUAGAUCGCAAAAAGAUCCAAAGUAUUAACCUAACAAAAUCAGUUGAAGUGAAAUUCACCCAAGCUGCUCCUAGUAGCUAUCAAGCCUACUCUGCCCCUUCAGAUUCAAAUAUUCAGUAUAAAGUUAAAACUAACUUUUUUCCUGCAAGUGAAAAUAUCGUAAGAUCUAGCAUAAAAGAAAUUCCUGAAAGCCAGAUCCCUGACUACUCAACUGCGGCUACAAGACUUGCGUUUUCAAGGCUAGGGCCAUUUGCAGCAAAAGAGCUUUUUAAAGAUAGUGAGCCUAGAACCAAGCAUGGGCCUGUUGAAAUGGAAAACGGAGCUAUAUAUAUUGGAGAAUGAAACAAUAAUUAUCAAAGACAUGGCUUCGGCGUCCAGCUUUGAAAUGAUGGAUCUCGAUAUGAUGGAUUUUGACUAAACGACAAAGCAAAUUUAAAAGGAAGACUGAUCCAUGGAGAUGGAGACGUCUAUGAAGGAGAAUGAAAAGAUGAUAAAGCCCACGGCUUUGGAGUCUAUGUCUAUAUGGACGGAGCCAGAUAUGAAGGGUAUUGGAAAGAUGAUAAACAGCAUGGAGAAGGCACUGAAACUUGGCCCGACGGAGCACGAUACCAAGGAGAAUAUGCAGGCGGGCAGAAGCAAGGAAGAGGCAGAUUUGAAUGGGCUGAUGGGAGCAUUUAUGAAGGUGAGUUUAAAGAUAAUGACAUUCAUGGGGUGGGGAUUUAUAUGUGGAGUGACGGCAGAAAAUAUGUAGGAGAGUGGAUACAUAACAAAAUGGAAGGGACUGGAACUUUUACGUGGAGUGACGGAAGGUCAUAUAAAGGAGGAUAUGUUGAUGAUAAAAAACAAGGAUAUGGAGUGUUUGAGUGGCCUGAUGGAAGAAAAUAUGAAGGUGGCUGAUAUAAUGGAAAACAACAUGGGAGUGGAUUUUAUUAUACUUCAAAUGGAAGUAAAAGAGAAGGAGAAUGGAAAGACGGCAAAAGAGUGAAAUGGAUGACUAACGAUCUAGAUAAGUAA